AAUUUGAUUACCAAUAAUAAACCAACAACAUCAUUAUCAUCAUCAUCAUCAUCAUGGUCUAAAAUGUCUAUACAUCGUACUGGAUCGUUAAAACAACAGACAACUGAUCAGACAAUAAUUGGUUAUGGAAAAUCAAUGGAUAAAAAACGAUUUAAAUCAAAACGUAAUAAAAAUGGUAAAAUACCAUAUAAUCAUCGUUUUUAUUUAAUUAAACAGCAAAAUUAUCCACCAUUAUAUCUGGAUAAUAGCUGUAAUCGUAAAAGAAUCUAUCGCAUCAUUAUAUUAGGCUAUCCAAAUGUUGGAAAAUCAUCAUUGAUCAAACAAUUCCGUAUGCAUUUACAGCAAACAUCUGAAACUAGUUCAUUUAAUCCAGCUAAUUGUAAUGAAAUGAAUGAUAAUUUGAAUUUAUUCAUACAUUUUCUUGAAUUGGAUUCAAUGAUUGAAUUCGAUAUGAAUAAUGAUUAUAAUUGUGCUUAUCAUUCACAACGAAUAUUAAAAUCACAACAUCAACAACAACGACAAUCAUCGAUUAUAAUUGAUUAUCAACCUGAUGUUUAUCUUAUUAUGUUCAGUGUUAAUGACAGAGAAUCAUUUAAUCAUGUACGAAAAGCAUUAAUCGAUAUACAACGUUGGGAUGAUGUUGAGAAUAAAAUAAUCAUUAUUGUUGCAAAUAAAUGUGAUCUAGAAAGAUCUAGAUGUGUAAAUCGUAAAGAGGCACGAGAAUUAGCAACAGAAAAUAAUUGUAAAUAUAUCGAAAUUAGUUGUACAAUAUCACAUAAUAUUGAUACAUUAUUGGAGGGUAUUGGUGCACAAAUUACACUUAAAAAUGAACAAGAAUUUAACCAUAAUCAACAACAUCAUCAAAAUCAUCAUCAUAAUCACAACAACAGUAACCAUCAUCAUGAUGAACAUUAUCAUCGUCAACAUCAUCAUACAAAUCAAAUAAAUCACAAUGAUUCAAUAUUACGCAUUACAAAUGGUAAAUCAUCUGUGGGAUUAAAACGACGUGAAAGUUUUCUAAAAAGAAUUCUACGUAAAGCAGCCAUGUCGAAAUCAAAAUCUUGUGACAAUUUACAUGUUUUAUGAAACAGCAGCAGCAGCAGCAACAACAACAACAAUUUCAACUUGUUGUUGUUAUUUUUGUCAAAGA